AUGGUGCGACAGGUACAACGUGGCGUUCGGGAUAAACGUCUGGAUCUUGUGGACAGUACAAUAAUUCUGCACGACAAUGCAAGACCACAUAAAGCAGAGUGUGUACGGCAGCUAUUCCGACGAUGGGAAUGGGAAGAAUUGGAGCACCCACCGUACUCUGCUGACCUUUCGCUCUGUGACUUGGAUCUCAUUCCGAAGAUUAAGGAACCAAUACGUGGUAGGCGGUUUGAAACACGAAAGGACAUUGCUAAUGCUGUGCGCCAACAGAUGACUCGAUUCGCACGUGGUGCGGCAAACGCUGAGGCUGAUGGUAUUCAGCAACUCCCACAUCUUUGGCAGCUUAUGGUGACAGUAGCAAGGGACUACAUUGAAGGUCUUUAG